AUGGCCGACCAUUUCAGCUUUAAUGUGUGUGCCACUUGUUCGAAAUCUUACAAGCGGCCCGAACAUUUGCGUCGUCAUCAACUCUCGCACGGAAGCGAACGCCCUUAUCAGUGUGCGCUUUGUGGAAAGACAUUUCAGCGAUCUGAUGUGCUGAAGAGACACCUCAGGACAUGCGAUAAUGUUGCUGGCUUCACAUCACAGCGAUUAGAGCCUAUCCCUAAGAGGGUUGCUUUGUCGAACCCCAACUCACCGCGAGACAUAGGGCUCACCUUGUCCGGUCCUCAUGAGGUCCAGUCUCAGCUUCAGACACGCGACAGUCAAGAGCUAUGGCUUGAAAACACCUCUUCUGACUCUUUCGGACAUAUGAAUGGAUGGAUAUCGUGCGGUCUGUCAGAUAACGGCCUUGAUGGGCCAUUCGAUGAUUGCCAGGAAUUCUUGAAUUUGAAUCCGGGAACUCAAACGCCUCGGACGGCCUGGGAUGGCACAGACGAGGGCACGGGAUUUUUGUCCUUCCUGGACACUUUUACAAGCAAGACCGGUUUAGUGGCUUCGUUUGACUGUGGAACGAUAGAGCAUCGGCGGCGCGUCAAUGCCUUCAGCCCCCCAGCCGCGACAGGAUGUGGUCCGGCUAGGUCUUCUCCUUCGUCAUUGAGACCGGCGGAUUCGUUUAACACAUCUGGAGAUGAUGCACCCUAUAGCGAAGGAAGUGAGACGACUCUUAGUCGGUGGCUCUCCGAUCCUCUGUCGUUCAAAUCUCACGAAAUAGUCGCUUGCAUUGGCGAUACCGUCUUUCACAAGCCACGGAAGAGUUGCACCACUUUACCAUGGUCGCCUACAGUACAGGAAACAUGUGCCCGAUUCUUCUCUCCGACAAAUAUACGACGAUAUAUUCAACUCUAUUGGGCGAUCUGGCAUCCAAACGUGAAUAUCGUGCAUAUGCCAACAUUCGAUCCUGCCUCGACAAAGCCGGAGCUCCUUGCCGCAAUGACCCUCAUAGGAGCGUGCGUUUCACCUGAUCGGACCGACAUUGAGAACGCGAAACGCUGGUUUAACUGUGUGGAGGAAAUGGUGUUCGACGACGCGGAUUUCUGCAACGACGCACCUAAUCCCGUCUGCCGAGACACGGGAGAAGUCCAAUGGCGCCGAGAGAAGCUAAGAGCUCUCCAGGCAUCUUAUAUAGUGUGUCUCUAUCAGAACUGGGAAGGAACGAAUUCCAGCAAGCGUAGAAUUCGGCGUCAUCGCUUCAGCAUGGUCAUUGCAGCCGCCAGAGACAUUGGAAUUCACAACGCCAGACACCCAAUUUACGGUCAAAUGGACUUUUGCGACUUUUCGUUCAGCAAUUUUGCAACUAUUGAGGAGUUAAUCCGUGUCUUUACAUGGAUCUUUCUUCUCGACACUGCUUUCGUGAUAUUUAACAACCUUCCGCCACGAAUGGUGAUCAGGGAAAUGACCAUGAACACGGCGUGUUCCGAAGCAUGUUUCCAAGCUUUGACAGCGGAAGAAUGCUUCGAAACUCUCCAGCAAGAGCAGAGGAAUGACGCGCUGCGGCUAAGAGUAUCAAAUGAUUUCACUUCGGCCUUCGACCUGUUGUAUCGAACAGACUUAGAUGAUAUUCUAACCUGUGCGCUUGCUGACCUCGGACCUCUCAACCUUUUCGCAAUGAGCUCCGCCCUGCACUCUCUCAUAUUUCACUACCAAAGCUCCUUCAGCUGCCAGGGUUCUCUAGACUCGAUUCAAAACGCUCUUAGGGCCUGGAAAAAGGUGUGGCAUGUCUACACGACACAUUUCUCUCAAGAUUCCCGCCAUUCGACUGUAAAGUGCAGUAUGGACCUUCUCACGCCGGAUCAUAUGUGGAGGCGCGUCGGCUUCAUGCGUCACGCGAACGAGUACUGGCAUCUUGCCAAUCUUAUUGUAGAACGUCUUUCAGCGCCACUUACCGAGGACACGGAUAUCAUGGACGCGGCAGGAGAAGCGCAGAGCUCCUUUAGCAUAUCGGGCAACGGACCCAUUAGUCCUUUACUCCAAAAGUAUGACGAGACGAGUAUGCAGCAAGUAAAUAUACUAAUCUCGGACUUUCGAAAAGUUCGAAUAAAUUAG